AUGGCCAGAACUCGAUCUAGAAGUUUUAUAACAGCAGAGAAACCUGCCUCAUAUGAUGACUUUCUUGAUAUGUCUGCUUUACCCAAUUUCAACUCGAAUUGGGUAUACUUUAAAGGUGCUUGGUUUUUCCAUAUAAUCAUCAUUAUGUCGAUUAAAAUUAUUUUUAGUAUAAUCCCAGGAGUUUCUCCGGAAGCUAGCUGGACGUUGACAAACUUGUCUUAUGAUAUAGCAAGUUUUGUCAUGUUCCAUUGGGUGAAAGGAGUUCCAUUCGAUUUCAAUUCUGGUGCCUAUGAUAGCCUAACACUAUGGGAGCAAAUUGAUCACGGUGUUCAAUUCACUCCGGCAAAGAAAUAUUUGACCGUCGUUCCGAUCGGGCUAUUUCUAUUGAGCACACAUUACACGCACUAUGAUAUUUUUACAUUUUUAAUCAAUUUCAUGGCUGCUUCUAUUGCAUUGAUCGCUAAAUUACCCCAAUUGCAUAAAGUCCGACUGUUUGGAAUAAAUCGACUUCGAACAUGA